AUGCUCAAUGAAGAUGGCAGCUGGAAGACUCGGCUUCUCUGUUUGGGAGAGAGGUCGAGUGGACAAGUUGGGAGAAUAGCCGGCUACUUGCUGGUGUGCAAGAGGGAGCAAACUUGGCGGUUGGAGAGUGAGGUUGAGGGUAGUGGUGGUAGUAGUAGUGGCGGUGAUGAUGCCGAGGGGAGCCUGUUUGUUGUCGACGGGGGUGAGAGCGGGGGAGCUUGGAUAGGCGUCGAGGGGGGGUCUGUGGGAGUGGAGAGGUGUGUUGGUGUGCGUGGUGGGAUGCGUGGUGGGAUGCGCAGUGAGGGCUUUGGUGCAACGCGGUGGAGGGGCGCGGUGCAGGUAGUGGUGGAUGGGGGCAGGAGGCGCGAUGGGAGCGGCGGCCCAAGUGUGCAACAGGUGUGCAAUGGCUGCCGCGGCUCUGAGAAGAGGAGAGACGGGGCAGCUCAAGCGAGGGAGCGAGGGCGCGGUGUGGGAGGAGGCCCUAGGCCGGAAGGCGGUCAGAGAGGGUGGUCUUCUUAG